GUUUUCUUCUUCUUCCUCUUUGCUAUCCCACUCAGUGUACACCUCUCCCUCAGCUUCUUUGCCUACGCUAGUUUCAUAUUUGCCUUCUGCCUGAUGCUGGCCUCCAUCAGCAGCAGCAUCAAUCCAGUCAUGUACACGGUGGUUGGGAACGACAGAAAACAGAGCAUCCGCUGCCUUGGUCCUCACAAUACCGGAGGAGAGGAUGGAGAGGAGCAGAAAGGACAUGUUCAGCUCCACCUGGCUUGGCGUCUGCCUGCACCACUGGCAGAGGAAGCCCACCUCCCUCUGGCUGACGGAGCUGGCGGCAUCAUUCGGCAGCCAAAUCUUUACACUGUCACAGCGUUUCUCCAGGGAGGCAGGAGGGGACCAAGUGCCUGCGAUCAGCACUGUGGCAGCUGGACAGAGGACAGACAGACAGGCGGGCAGUCUGCUCUUUUGCAGGGCACGUGCGUAUAUAGGGCAGCGAGCGGAAUGUGCACGGCGUGGCUCCAGAAGUUGCUGCCCUGGGAAGCCUUCGUUAGCUCUUAUGCACAUAGCAGAAUGCUGUUGGAAACCGUUCAAGGUCACUGUGAAGCUGUGGUAUGCCAGUGGCGAAGGCAGUUUGGAAUCAGACUGAAGUUUUGCAGCAGUGCCAAGGUUGGAGCACAGGAUCCUAAAGAUCACCUCCUGAACCAGCUCCUCCAGCUCAAAGAUACGACCAUUUUAGGAACGGGGUUGCUUUAAAGUAAAAUGAAAGAGGAACCUGACGGAGAAACAGUCUGCUUUUCCCAUAGGUCUGGCUUCGGAGAUUUGUUAGUCAUUUCCUGUAUGACGAUUAUAACCAGAACCCUGAUACCAUCCGAUGCAAUGAAAUAGUUUCCUUUUUUUUUAACGAGAAUCCCUGAGAACAUGACAAAGUGGUUUGUGGAAGGACCCGAGAAAGACACUGGGACGGGUGCUGCCCAGGCUCUCUGGGACAUGCUUGGGUCCAGUUUCCAAGCAGGAGUUUGGGGAAACCUGAUGUGAAGAUCCCACUGUGGGGGAAGCAGCUGGCAAGAUGAUCUGAGUCUGCAGUGCAUCCGCUCCUGUGAAGCUCUCCAGACUGCGACGGGAAAGCUGUGUGAGAGGAAGGCGGAGCAGCAGCGGUUUCACAAUGAGCACGCCGCUCCCCAGCGCAGGAAAAGCCAGCCCUCCUUGCUGGAGCCAGCCUGGCACGAUGACUCACGGCAGAGCUUGGCACCACGGGCUGCCGAGGCAAGCUGGCUCCUACACGGAUGACUAUGACUGGACCCACUGCGAAGACAAUGCUUUGAGCAAAGCUCCUGUCACCAUGCUCAUCUGCCUCUGCGGGCUGGUGGGCAAUGGGGCUGUCCUCUGGCUACUCAGACCCCACGUCCGCAGGAACUUCAUCACUGUGUACAUCCUCAACCUGGCCACGGCGGACUUCGCCUUCCUCUUCUCCAUCCUCAUCGCCCUCACGAUAUUUUAUGGCCCACAGAGCUUUUGUCACAGUCUGGGCUCGCAGGACAUGACGACUGUGUUGAACGUGGCCAUCACCUUCGCUUUCGUCGCCGGUGUCUACCUCAUGGCAGCCCUGGGUGCCAGGACCUGCCUGCCUGCGCUCCCAUGGCCCUUCUGCCCUUGCCAGCCCUCCUGGUGCUUGCCAGCACUCCUGUGUGCCCUGCUCUGGGCCCUCGCCCUCUUGCUCACCGUGAGCCUGUAUUUCUCCCCAGUGAUGCUUGUUGUCUUUGUCCUGAGCUACCUCUUGUCGGUGCUUAUCCUAAUUCUUUCCGGUUUAGCCCUCUUUGCCAAGGUCUUAUGCUGCUCGUUGCAAUAUCCCCCGAGGAAACUCUGCAUUGCAGUCUUGCUUUCCAUCAUCGCCUUCCCCUUCCUCACCGCUGGCUUUGCUUACUGGCUCUUGCUAAGGCUGUUUGAUUUUUCGGUUCUCAUCUUUGACACCUCUCUCCUAUUCACCUGUUUGAACAGCAGUAUCAAGCCUGUCCUUUACUUCCUUGCUGGGUGCUGUAUGAAGAAGUUCACAGUCUCUGUCAGGGUUGCUUGCCAGAGGGCUUUUGAAGAGGUAACAGAGUCAGAAAACAUAGGUGAAACUCCACCAGAAAGCACUGUGGAAAUGGAUGUUUAAUCCAUCCGAACCUUUUGCUUGGAAUCCUUUGCUUUGAAUCUGGCCUGCCCAACAGGGCUGAGCUGUCUCUGCUUCAAAAUGAGCUUGCCCCAGUCUGUGCGCUCCUAAAGCAGAGCCAUGGAGGCUCUCAGUUCCUGGUGGUGCUUUGCUUUGGGGCGUCUGUCCGAGGGCUGAGUGCUGCUGGGUACCAGGGUCUGGGCAAAACCCUUGGGCUCGCAUCUCCAGCGCGUGUGGACAUGUGCAAAGACUACGUGGAGACCUCCCAUUCAGCUCUUGAACAGGCAAGCAAGGCAAAAGAACCUCCACCAACAACACGAAGCCUCCUUUGGGGUGUUUUCAGCUCUUUGGAUGAAGCCUUUGUGGACAUACUGAGAGGUGAACCAUGUCUUAAAAUCCUUGGAGCUGUUUUCCUGCUAGGUCGCUCUCCUCGCAGUUAAGAGCGUGAAAAGAAUGGCUCGGACUUACACCACCUACCCUACACUACUGAAUUACAUUAAAUGACUUAUGGCACACACUG